UCCAGCUUUCAGUUUGGUGUUAAGUCUUGUAUUAUUAAUUCCACAUACAAUAUUGUCACAAAUUAAAUAAUAAUACUCCUAAAUCAUGAAGUACUUUGUGGCCUACGUUAUGACCCUGCUACAAAAUAAAGUAUCUCCAACAGCGGAGCAAAUAAGUCUUCUCUUGAAGUCACUUGGAACGGAGGUAGAUUUGAGGAGAGUCAACAAAGUAUUGUCACAAUUUGCUGGAAAAAGUGUGGAUAAGGUGUUGCAUUCAGUUAAGUCUGAGUUGGACUGGUGCUCUGAAGAAAAUGGAUCAGCUCUGAGAUCUAUGAUGACCAUUGUGAGGAAUUAUGAGGAGGUUAUUUCGGAUAAAGAAGACGAAAUUCGAACAUUACAAAGAGCCAACGAGUAUUAUAUCCAAAUGGAUAGGUUUCGGUCAAAUGGAGGACAAUACUCACGACAAAACGUGAAUCAAGAGAACAGGGUUGUCUCAGCCUCAGCCACUUCUUGUCAUCCAUCGACCUUGGUGGAAAGACCGGCUCUCGCACCUAUUCAGAUGACAACGAGCAAAAGGGUUGCCACAUCCGUUAGCAGCGACACCCCGGAGAGGAAAUUAGCGAAACAAAAUACCAGUUUAUCUGAAUUCCAGAAUAUAUUCCACACAUCACGAGAAAAAGUGAAUUCCGACCUGGAAGUUGACCUGGGGACCUACGUUUUUAUGUCCCCACAGGAGUCUGUUCUGAAUUAUGUUAAACUAGAAAAGAAGCAUCUAAAAGAUAAUCAAUUGUUUCAUCAAAUCUGGGUUGGUCGAGUUCGAGAUUUUCACCAAGGAUGUGAAGUAAUUGACCGGAAUUUGUAUGGCUACACAAGCCUCGAAAAUUGUCAAGUGGCCGCAUAUAAUAUUUUAAUUCAAAACAGACUUGCUAUCCAUAAUCCACUUGAUGUCCGAGCUUGUUCUACUUGGGUCGACUUCAGGGAUGGCAAGUUUAUCCGGAUUGACGAAGUUUUCGUUCUUAAUUUAAUUUCACUUCAUAAAUACAGUUCUAAACAGUUAAAGUUCUACUUUAAAAAAUGUCAUGAAGGGCUUGGGACUAUCAAAACAGAAAAAUCGGAACUUUUGGUGACCCCACACAAGUUAAUACUUGAAGCAGCGUUAGAGCCGUAUUUGGAAUCCUUUGGAGGAAUGACCCGUCAUGCUCUGCCCCAGGUUGAUAUGGAAGCUAUACCUAAAUCUGGCCUACCUAGAACAACAGACGAGGAUAGGACGUGCCCAAAAUGUGGAAAAUUAUUCGUCACAGUGUAUAAUAUGAAAAGGCAUCAUGAAAACGAUUGUGGUCACAGGGUGUACAUCAGCAGAUUUCGAAACGAAGCACAACCUCGAACAGAAGUGUCAAAAUUCUCGUCGUUUCUCCCACAGCCAGAUUUCAACACUGUUGCAGCCAGGACAUCCUGUUCAAAUUCUACUGUUUUUUGCGCACCAGUAUCUUCAAUCGUAACAGAAGAAAAUUUAAUGAAUGAAUUCAGAAAAUUUGGAGAUAUUCUUAAUUUACGUCGAGAGGAGAACCAUUUUGUUUUCAUUAAGUUCUCCAACAAAGAUUCUGCAACACAGAGUAUUGUUGAAACUCACAACAAGAAUCUUUUUGAGGAAGUUGUGAAAUGUUCAUGGGCUAGAGAGUCGCAUUUCAAUGAUUAAUUAUGCAUUGUUAGAUUUAAUAGUAGUAUAAAUGAUUUAAUACAAUUUAAAAAUAGACAAUAAACUUUUUUAUCGCUUAGUUAA